GGGUGGACCGCGACACCCGGGGCCGGGGCUGGUCCAGAGCCUGUCAGGUUGGGCGGCUCUCCCGGUCCACUUCACAGACAGGCGUGCGGAGGGCUGACCCCACCCGGCCCGGCUCCAGCCUCCCCGCGCGGACUUCCUGCCUGGGCGCGGGCGGAGGCCCACCCCCUUCCUGCCCGCGCAGCGGACUCCGUCGGGCAGUGGGACCCGUCGGUGCACACGCCAUUCCCCUCCGAACUGCGAGCUCCGAGGCAGGUCUCCACUGACCCCAUCUUGGCUUCUAGCCCUGGACAGAGCAACAGAAGACUCCUCCACAAUGCAGCCACACCCUGAAGGUGGUUGGAAGGAGGGAAGAUGUGUCCUUCCGGCUGCUGGCUGCAGUGCUGUUCUGUUGUUGGGUGCCCUGUGGCAGGCUUGUGCAAUGCCACUCUGUCCCCUCCUCCUCCUGGCCCUAGGCCUGCGUCUGGCUGGAACACUCAACUCCAAUGAUCCCAAUGUCUGUACCUUCUGGGAAAGCUUCACCACGACCACUAAGGAGUCCCACCUUCGCCCCUUCAGCCUGCCCCCAGCCGAGUCCUGCGACAGGCCCUGGGAAGACCCCCACACCUGCGCUCAGCCUACGGUUGUCUACCGGACUGUGUACCGUCAGGUGGUGAAGAUGGACUCCCGCCCACGCCUGCAGUGCUGUGGGGGUUACUACGAGAGCAGUGGAGCCUGUGUCCCACUCUGUGCCCAGGAGUGUGUCCACGGUCGCUGUGUGGCUCCUAAUCGGUGCCAGUGUGCACCAGGCUGGCGGGGUGACGACUGUUCCAGUGAGUGUGCUCCUGGAAUGUGGGGACCACAGUGUGACAGGCUCUGCCUCUGUGGCAACAGCAGUUCCUGUGAUCCCAGGAGUGGGGUGUGUUUUUGCCCCUCUGGCCUGCAGCCCCCCGACUGCCUUCAGCCUUGCCCCGAUGGCCACUAUGGUCCUGCCUGCCAGUUUGAUUGCCAUUGCUAUGGGGCAUCCUGUGACCCCCGGGAUGGAGCCUGCUUCUGCCCCCCAGGGAGAACAGGACCCAGCUGUAAUGUGCCCUGUUCACAGGGCACUGAUGGCUUCUUCUGCCCCAGAACUUAUCCUUGCCAAAAUGGAGGUGUUCCUCAGGGCUCUCAAGGCUCCUGCAGCUGCCCACCGGGCUGGAUGGGUGUCAUCUGUUCCCUGCCAUGCCCAGAGGGUUUCCACGGACCCAACUGUACUCAGGAAUGUCGUUGCCACAAUGGUGGCCUUUGUGACAGGUUUACUGGGCAGUGCCACUGUGCUCCUGGCUAUAUCGGGGAUCGGUGCCGUGAAGAGUGCCCUGUGGGCCGCUUCGGUCAAGACUGUGCUGAGACCUGUGACUGUGCUCCUGGCGCUCGUUGCUUUCCUGCCAAUGGCGCGUGUCUGUGCGAACAUGGCUUCACAGGCGACCGCUGCACUGAGCGACUCUGUCCAGAUGGCCGCUAUGGUCUGAGCUGCCAAGAUCCCUGCACCUGCGACCCAGAACACAGUCUCAGCUGCCACCCAAUGCACGGCGAGUGCUCCUGCCAGCCAGGUUGGGCGGGCCUCCACUGCAACGAGAGCUGCCCUCAGGACACGCACGGAGCCGGUUGCCAGGAGCACUGCCUCUGUCUGCACGGCGGUGUUUGCCUCGCCGACAGUGGCCUCUGCCGGUGUGCACCUGGCUACACGGGACCUCACUGCGCUAAUCUUUGUCCACCUAACACUUAUGGGAUCAACUGUUCCUCCCACUGCUCCUGUGAAAAUGCCAUUGCCUGCUCUCCUGUCGACGGCACGUGCAUCUGCAAGGAAGGUUGGCAGCGUGGUAACUGCUCUGUGCCCUGUCCCCCUGGCACCUGGGGCUUCAGUUGCAAUGCCAGUUGCCAGUGUGCCCACGAGGGAGUCUGCAGCCCCCAAACUGGAGCCUGUACUUGCACCCCUGGGUGGCGUGGGGUUCACUGCCAACUUCCGUGCCCGAAGGGACAGUUUGGUGAAGGUUGUGCCAGUGUCUGUGACUGUGACCACUCCGAUGGCUGUGACCCUGUUCAUGGACACUGCCGAUGUCAGGCUGGCUGGAUGGGCACACGUUGCCACCUGCCUUGCCCAGAGGGCUUUUGGGGAGCCAACUGCAGCAAUGCCUGUACCUGCAAGAAUGGUGGCACUUGUGUACCUGAGAACGGCAACUGUGUGUGCGCACCAGGGUUCAGAGGCCCCUCCUGCCAGAGGCCCUGCCCGCCUGGUCGCUAUGGCAAACGCUGUGUGCCCUGCAAGUGCAACAACCAUUCUUCCUGCCACCCGUCGGAUGGGACCUGCUCCUGCCUGGCAGGCUGGACAGGCCCUGACUGCUCUGAAUCAUGUCCCCCAGGCCACUGGGGACUCAAAUGCUCCCAACCCUGCCAGUGUCAUCAUGGUGCCACCUGCCACCCCCAGGAUGGGAGCUGUGUCUGCAUCCCAGGCCGGACUGGACCCAACUGCUCGGAAGGCUGCCCAUCAAGAAUGUUUGGUGUCAACUGCUCCCAGCUAUGUCAGUGUGAUCCUGGAGAGAUGUGCCACCCAGAGACUGGGGCUUGCGUCUGUCCCCCAGGACACAGUGGUGCGCACUGCAAAGUGGGCAGCCAGGAGUCCUUCACCAUAAUGCCCACCUCUCCUGUGAUCCAUAACUCACUGGGUGCCGUGAUUGGCAUUGCAGUGCUGGGGACCCUUGUGGUGGCCCUGGUAGCACUGUUUAUUGGCUACCGACACUGGCAAAAGGGCAAGGAACAUGAGCACUUGGCAGUGGCUUACAGCACUGGGCGACUGGAUGGCUCCGAUUACGUCAUGCCAGAUGUCUCUCCGAGCUACAGUCACUACUAUUCCAACCCUAGCUACCACACACUGUCUCAGUGUUCUCCUAACCUUCCACCCCCUAACAAGAUUCCAGGCAGUCAGCUGUUUGUCAGCUCCCAGGCAUCUGAGCGGCCAAACAGAAACCAUGGGCGAGAUAACCACGCCACACUGCCCGCUGACUGGAAGCACCGACGGGAGUCCCAUGACAGAGGCACCAGCCACCUGGACCGAAGGUAUAGCUGUAGCUAUGGCCACAGGAAUGGCCCGGGGCCAUUCUGUCAUAAAGGUCCCAUCUCUGAAGAAGGACUAGGGGCAAGCGUUAUGUCCCUGAGCAGUGAGAACCCCUAUGCGACCAUCCGAGACCUGCCCGGCCUGCCUGGGGAACCCCGAGAAAGCAGCUAUGUGGAGAUGAAAGGCCCUCCAUCAGUGUCUCCCCCCAGGCAGCCUCUUCAUCUCCGGGACAGGCAGCAGCAGCAACUGCAGUCUCAGAGAGACAGCGGCACCUAUGAGCAGCCCACUCCCUUGAGCCGUAAUGAAGAGUCUGUGGGCUCCAUGCCCCCUCUUCCUCCGGGCCUGCCACCCGGCCACUAUGACUCGCCCAAAAACAGCCACAUCCCUGGACACUAUGACUUGCCUCCAGUACGGCAUCCUCCAUCACCUCCAUCCCGGCGCCAGGACCGCUGAGGAGCCAGCAUGGUAUGGGAGAGUGCCUGUGAACCCUGCCAGGAGCAGGGCCUGGACCAGCAGGCCAUGAAUAGACAUACUUGGUGAAGUGAACGGAGACUGAGGAUGGCUCUGCUUCCACCGAGGGAGACACUAGUUGGCAAAGUGUCUAACCUCCCUUUUCCAGCCCAUUGCUCAAGUCCCCCAGGCUGUGGACAUGAGCUGGUGGGCAGAAUGUUGUUGUUGAAGUCUGAUUUUAGAUUGAUUUUUUAAAAUAUGUGUUGGGUACCUUUUCUGUGUGUAUGCCCAGGCAGGCUGUGUGUGUCUCUGGUUAGACAGGGUGCCAGCUACAGGUUCUGCCUUCUGCACUUUGCAGUUUAACUAGUAGCUUCCAGGCUUAACUAGUUAAAAACUCCAAUAGCAGGCCCUAACUACCAGCCCACCCUUCCCUCAGUAAUCCUCCAUGUCAUUGCUCAGAGGACUGCUCCCCACCUCUGGUGUUUGUCUUCCUGGUACGCCUUGGACUAUGACAGUCAAACUUUCUAUGCCUCAAAGGCCCUGAAGCCUAACUUUCCAGUCUGGCUUGACUCUUUCCCAGAAGGAGGCCAUCUACCUCCCUUCUUCCUGCCCCAGGAGUUAGCACAUCUAAGUUCAGCCUUCCUUAGUUAUCUGUUGAGUCCGGCUCGUCCUUCACAUAUUCCACAGAGCACCCACCCCACAUAGUCUCCUUCAUAGCUACUCUCUUCUCCAGGCUCCUGCAGAAGGCAGGAGGGGAGCCAGGCAAAGAAUGGGUUUGUCUCAUUUUGUUUUGUUUUUGAGACACUGUCUCACGAUGUAGUUCUGGCUGGCCUGGAACUCAGAGGUCGGCCUACCUCUGCCUCUUGAGUGCUGGGUUAAAGGCGUGGGUCACAGGUACAGCUCAAGCUGCACUCCAUUGUGGUUUCCACGUUACUAGAUUAGCCUCCUCUGCCUCCCCCUAGUGGGGAGGCUGAUCACCAGCUCUCUGAACGCGGGCCUCCCGUGUUUAUCUCGCUCACUCUUGGUUUCCCAUGGCACACGGUAGUCACUCAAUAAAUGUUCCUCUAAAAGCUGAGGGGCUGAAUGAAAACACCAGCAACACCGUGUCCCCAGUGUCCCUUAGUUUGGAGGUCUCUUCAGAGGUAGCAUCUCUGUAGGGAGCGGCAUCAGUACUGGAAAUACGGGGAUCCAUGUGGCGCUGCUGAAUGAGGCGCCAGGCUAGAGGAAGCCAAGCAACUCAAAGAGGCACAGGAUGGCGAAAUGAUAAAUAAAGAUGGGACCUCCUAGAUCAAAUCAGCAAAGCCUCCAGUCCUCCAGGUAGCUGAGUAGAGGAGAACUCAGCGUAGCCCGAACCCUGACCACUUGGGCUCUUCACAAGGCACUCUCCUCCGUCCUCUCCCCCCAACCCCCUGCGAGCACAGACCGUUAGGGGCCUACCCCACACUGCCCUAGAAUCCACACAUCUAUGCCCUACCCGGAACCCUUCUCUGUUUACACAGACCCCUAACCGUGCCUAGCCACGCCCACUGGCCCUGGCAGGGGCUGAGUCUGGGGCCUUCACGUGCACUCUCUGCCGGUUGCUCCGGCCACAGCCCCACCCAAUCAGGCUCGGUUGCCCUGGAGAGGGCAGUCGCAAGAGUCGCUUGGCUGACUGGAGAUCCUCAGAGUGAGGCCCACAGAGUUUCAUCUUGCCUCUCACUCGGAGGGGUCCAAAACCACCGCUAUGUCAAGUGAGCCAAGCGCUACAGGAACCUCACCCAGGACACCGCGUCCUGGGACCCAAAAGUCAUCUGGUGCAGUAACCAAGAAGGGGGAUCGGGCUGCUAAAGAUAAGGCAGCAAGUGUCCUGCCCCCGGUGGGUGAGGAAGAGUCAAAAAAUCCCGGUAUGCUGGCCUGGCAGGGUUGGGUUAAUUGGACUUGGCUUUUACUUUUCUUUUCCUUUUUAAAUUAAAACUGGUCUGCAACUUGCUCUGUAGACUAGGCUGACCCAGAGCUCAGAGGUCUCCCUAUCUCCUCCGAGAUCAAAUGUUGAUCACCACAUCCCAUCUCCUCAGGGGUUGGUCUUAAAAGAGUACACAUUGCCCCGGGACGCUGACGUGCACUGUAAGAUGUGAUAAGAUAGGCCGAAGAAGGCGGGGGCAGUGGUGAGAAGAUACGGCUGUGCUGCGGGAAGGUUUAUGAACAUAGUUCUAUGGAUAUUCAUUUAGACAACAGUUACUUUUGAGUAUUUGCCCCGUGGCCAUAGUUACAGUUCCGCUUUGGCACGUUUAAAGAAAGUUAUUAAAGUCGGAUACACAGGACCAUGGCUUUUCAUGUUGCAAUGAUGGAACCCAAUUUGAACCAAUUAAACACACAAGGGAAUAUAUCGAAAGGCGUUUUGAUAAAAAAUUCGAUGCUUUUGUUAUUAAAGAGGUAAGGACCCUGUUUUCCCUGGAAUGGAAAUAAAACACACUGGGAAAAGAU